UACAAAUGUGUUCGCUGCAGCUCGCAAUCCCUUUGGAACAGGCUAGUGCAUCGAAUGGGCCUAGUCAACUUCCACUAGGCCUACACAUUCCCGCUGCACCACUGCAUUUGCCUCCGGCUCCUGCACUACAGAAGUUAGCUCCUGCACCACUUAAUUUGCCUCCGGCUCCUGCACCACAGAAGUUGGCUCCUGCACCACUUAAUUUGUCUGUUGCUGGACCAUCACCUGCCUGUGCUCCAAAGUGGGCACCAUUCUCAACCCCCCAACAAAUGCAUAAAGAUACAAAGCCAUGGAUGCACAAUGCAACAUUACUUCUAAUUUCUCUGACAAAGCAAAUGGCUGAAGGCUUUCAAUCUCCUGUAUUAAAGAAAGUAGAAAUGUGGAAAAAGGUAGAUGCACAAAUGCUGGCAAAAGGAUAUGACUUUGGAGCAGAGGCAUGUGACAAUAAGUUCAGGCAGUUAAAGCACAGAUACAAAACAAUAGUGGACAGUAAAAAGAAGACUGGGAGUGGUACCAGCAGCUGGGUCUUUUUCUCAUCAAUGGAGGACCUCCUGGCUGAUGAUCCCAGUGUGGAGCCGGUCCUGAUCGUGUCAUCUUUUGCUGGUGAUAAUCUUUUCCAUGAUCUUCAUCAGAUCCAGUUGGCCCAGGACCAUCAACUUCACAAUCAUCAACUUCACAACCAUCAUCUUCACAACCAUCAUCUUCACAACCUAAGCCAUCAGCAGAACAUGGCAAAAAGAGAAGGCGCAUGUCUGAAGCAUCCGAGUGGUUUGAUCAGUAUGUCACUGAGCAGAGGAGGCAGAUGUCAGAACUCAUGGCCCUGCAAAAGCAAGCAGUAGAAGUGGCAAGCGAACGUAACAACAUCUUAAAAUAAUUUGUUUCUGCUUUUCUGCAAGAGGAAAUUGUGUAGAACACAUGCAGCUGUUAUAACCACUGGUACUUUUUAAGGUCUUCCAUGAUCAAAUAAUUCAGUCGUCUCCAUUUCCCCUUUAGAAGGCCAAAUGCCCUUUCAAUCACAACUCUGGUUGAGCUGUGGAGUGUGUUAAAUUUUUUUUGCCUUCAUGAUAAGUGCCCAUUAUCUCAGUAUGGUGUAAUGAGAGAUGUGCUGAGUGGGUAUGCGGAGUCUCCAAGCAGGUGGUAGUCACUUCUUAUUACAUCCUGGAGAUGGCCAUAUAAUGGGCAGUUCUGAAACACCCUAGCAUCGUGCACAGACCCCGGCCAACCAGUGUACACAUCCAGGAACAUCAUCUGUGAUGUACACACUGCUUGGUGUUGAAUACUUGCAUGUCCUUUCCUGUUUAUGUAACUGUUUCUAUGGAGUGUGGGUGCUGGGAUGGCAAUGUGUGUGCCAUUGAUUGCUCCAAUGACUCCAGGGAAGCCAGUUUUUUCCUGAAAGCCAUUUGCCAGGUUUGCAAACUCAUCCUCUCUGGGCCAUAGAAUGUAUUCAUUUCUCAGUGUACAAAUGACCUUGCAAAUGUCGGAAAAAAUAUAAUGAAGGGUUCCUUUUGACAUAUAAAACCGGUCUGCAAUACCCCUGAAGCUCUCUUGGUUUGCCAACAACCAAAUAGUUUAUACUAAAUCAUUUUCGGGGUGUCCAAGGUUAGGUUUGCCAGUAAAGGACCAACUUUCUCACAGAGAGCCUGUAGACAUUUAUAGUAGAAGUUUCUACAUCCCUAUGAUGCUGUAAAUAAGCUGACACAAAUCUUGCUAUGGCUGUUGUAUACACACUGAUGCACAUACUGCUAUAUACAAUUGGGAAUUUGUAAGUAAAUGUAAUUGACAUCAAA